AUGUCUUCAAACAUUCCCGACUUCGAGGCCGUCCUGGUGCCUAUGCAGCUGGAUGUCUUUGUCCUCAACCCAUCCGUCUGCGGCACAGGCGCCGAAGACGACGAUACUAGCGAUGUGCAGAACCACGCCGACUUACACAACACGGCGCCGGCCUCGGUCUACUCGCGCUUGACGGACUUGGGCGGCCGUCCUGAGCCCCAGCCCCUGCGCCAUCGCCACGGAGUCUACAUCCACUGGACGCUGCCGCGCUGCUACCGCGCGGGCGUCUCAUCCGGCGAGUCGGUGCCUGAGCGUCGUCGCCGACAAGAGCUGCUCCGGCGCGGACUGGGCGUCCCCGGAGCUCGUGACGGCGGCGGCGCUGCCUCGAACGAGACCCCCGAGUUUGUCGAUCCACCGACUCGGUGGAUUGUCAUUCACCGUGAGUAUGAGGCAUGGGUGGUGGAGAGCGACUACCUGUGGUCCCUAGAGGACAUUCCGGUCGAUGCCGACUUGCAAACCAACGUGGCCCUAUUCGUAGUCGGGCACGCAGGCUCCGAUGUAAACAUUGAGGAGCAGGCCGAGGUCUUCAUCGGGUGUAAAACGCCCCUAGCCGACUGGUCUGGCGAAGAGGGUCCCAGCGCGCAGCCGCCCAGCAUCAGCCUCCUGCGCAGCGGUAACCAGCUCUUUGCCGACUUCCAGAUGCACAACGCCAAUGUCUUCAGCGUGCUCGAUAACUUCGAGUACGGCAGCAGUAAGAAGCCCCAGUACCUAACCCAGGCCAAGGCCAGCUACUACGUGCUCGGCUGGCACUGGAAGGAAGACACCGACCCGCUCUGGAAGUCAGGCCAGAGCGUCGCGCAUGGGGCCAGCCUGGAUGCCCUCUUCAUGACGCUGCACGGCGUCAGCGAGACGGCGCCUAAUCGAGACCCCUGGCUCGAUGCCAUGAGCCAGCUGCGCAUCCUAUGCCACGGCGCCAUGUACAAUGUCAUCUGGGACCAUGAGAACAAGCCCAAGGACGUGCCAGCCGAUGCGUUCAACGCCCGCCUGCGUGAUCAGACAAAGGCGGCGGUCUCGGUGGGCACGACUCCCAUGGAUGCCCUGUUGUCGUACUGCCACGCCCGCAGAGACCAGUCCGGGGGCAUUGACAAACUAGAGGAGGAUAUCCUUGCCCUCGGGUCGCUGCUUCAAGCACGUGACGAUGGUGUCGAGUCCCAGCGCGAGGCCAAGGAUACCCCCCUGGAGCCCAAGAAACCGGCCGUCCUCAAGCAACGCGAGCUGAACCAGACCCAAACGCUGCUCGACGCGUGUAGCAUGGCAGCGAGGCAAUACCGCUGGGACAUGUUCUCCCUCUGGUGGAACGCAAACGAUCCAACUGUCCUCAUUGGCGGCAUCACGUCUGGGUGGCCCACGGACUAUCUCAACAAGGUGGCUGUACGCGCGCCGUUUCAGACCCUCGCCCCAAAGGAUGGCGCUUCCUCAAAUCUACCCGGUCUGUUCAAGAGCCUCUCUAGCCUGCUUGAGAAUCAGCUCCCAGACGUCUUCAAGGCACCGGCCGUGGCAUUAGUGACCGAAUUCUACGUUAUCCGGCCUGGCGGCGACGACUCUGGGUCGCCUGCCGAAGGCAUCUUUUACCCUCAGUUUCACGACAAACUGACCACGGAUGAGCGCUGGCGCGAUCUGUGGGGUAAUCUCCAGCCUUGGUUCCCUCUGUACGCAGAGUCGGAGGUCGAGUACCAGCACGUUCCCUUCGACUACUGGAAGCUGGACGAACACACAGCUCGGCUUUCGGCCAACGAAGGGGCGCGCUACAGCAUCACUGUUCCUUCAGCGGACAACCAAAAGCCGCCGCCGCUGUGGGAAGCCCUAUCCGGAAAGCGGGACUUGCGCGUGCUCUCGGGACGGGUGCUCAUCCUUCCACAGCCCAGCUUCUCGCUCGCGGCCAAGAUCAAGCAACUGUUCCAGAACACGCCGCCGGAUAUUCUCAACAAAUAUCUGUCAGCCGAAGACCGCGCCAACUUACUUAAGAACGUCGGCCAACUGUCGUAUCUAUCGUCGCCCCUAUCUGGCCUCGCCAGCGGCCUGGCGACUCGGGCGCAAGGCAGCCACAUCAAACCCGAGAAUAAGAUAGUGGGUCCUACUGGCGAGUCAAGCACCGCAAUUGCGACGGCAGUGAUUGAUGCUGCUGGAUUGACCGCCGAGAACAUCAAGUUGAUUCAGGGGAACUCGGCCCUGACGCCAUUUGCGACGCUGGCCAACUUUCUGAAAGAUGGUUUUUGUCCGUUUAAGCCGAUGACACAUGAGCAGUUUAGAUUCCGCAAGCUCAACAUUAUCGACAAGUUUGGGCAGUCUCUGAUGGCCAUUGACCAGAGCCCGCGGCCGCAGGGUCCCCCUCCCAUGUAUCCCUGCAUCAGCGACUUUUAUGAGCCGCAGACCAUCAAGCUGGACGAUGGUAAAGUAUACGCCAAUACGAUUUAUCAAAAAGGUCGCCUCAACGCUGAGUUUGUCAAGCGCAUUGCCGAAGAUCCGGACGAGGACAAACAUCGCCCCCAGAAGAGCAGCAGCCCUGAAGGCGACUCGGCCAAGUGGCGCCCGGUCACGGAGUGGGAGACGCCCAUCUGGGGCUGGCUCAUCACCAACUACGCCGACUACGGCAUCCAGCUGUUCCUGCCCAACGGCACCUUUUACCGAGAGGUACGGUUUGGCGGGCCCUUGGGCACGCUCAGCUCGCCCACGUGGUUGCCUUUCAGCCCUGACCAGGACGCUCAGCCGAAUCCCGACACGCGGCAGCUCGACGCCCUCGUGGCCAAGCUGGCAGACCCGGAGUACCUACGCGGCUUCUGGUACAUGGCCACGACGGCUGAAGAGAAGCUCCCCGCGGCCCCAAGCGCCUACGCGCAGUUCGUCAACUCCAUCGUCGGCAAGCCCCUGGCACUCCACAACACGGGCUGGUCCCUCGAGCUGGACGGACCGCCGCUCGAGAUCCAAAGCACCAGGAGCGAGGUGAUGAGCCCGGAAUGUCAGCUGACGCAGCCGUCCGACCCUUCCGAUCAGACACCCUUCUACCAGUUCCAGGUCCGGCUGGGCGACCGCGACGCAGCCUACGACGGGUUGGUUGGCUACUUUGAUACCACGGCCCCCGGCACCGACGAAAUCAAUAUCGACCUGAUUUUGACCUUCUUUGCGCCAGAGAAAGACGACAUGAAACCCCUGAGGCGACUGAAUACGAAAGAGUGUCCACUCUUCGCACUGUUUUGGGAAGCGCCCUUCCCGACAGAGCCUCCAUACAACGAUUCCAGCAGGAUCGUCGACGCGGCGCGCUUUGACGACCGAUGCAACUCGCGCAGGUCAAUCUUCGGCGCCAUCCUCGACCCUUGCACGCCCGUACACGCCUACUCGUCCUUUCUGCCGCCCGUGGUGCUGUCUUUACCGCCAUGGACCUGGCUAAAGGCCAUGGACACGAUGACUGCCUUUUUCCACGCGGGACCGUUGACGAUGCCGCUGAACGACGUCCCCGGUUAUGACGCGGCGCAGCAUUCUGCUAGGUAA